AUGAAAGUGGAGGGAAGUGGAGAGGUGGGGAAGUGGAGAGGUGGAAGUACAGUGUGUAGUUCCUCUUUCGUCUCCUUUGGUGGAAGGUGGACUUUGAAGGUAAGACAUGUCAGUGUUACCAAUACCACGCUUAAUGCUGUGUCUGCUGCUCCCUGGUGGGCUUGUGGGCGGCUCCAGCACCCACACGCCCACACGUCUAUGGGAGGGCGUGGGCGGGCUGGUGGGCGAGGUGGUGAAGGAAGGGGCUGCGGCGUGCCAUCUUACACUGUUCUCCGUGGCACCUUCACCUCUGCUAGCCUCUGUCGCCAGCAAAGACCAGAUAUUCCUCACCCUAACACCUCCCCGGUACACCACCCCCGCAAAGAACAGCUAUUCCUCAACACCCUAACAUCCUCCAGCAUGUCCCCCCCCCCAGCAAAGACCAGCCAUCCCUCACCCCAACACUCCCCAUUACUCCUGCCGGUGGCGAUGGUGGAGGCGGAGAAGGUGGAGGCGGAGCAGGUGGCGUCGGGCUGGGCGUCGGGCAGGGCGGGUAGCGGGGCGUGGGGCGGGACGGCGGGGCUCCUGAAGGAAGUGUGGGCCAGCGUGAGAGCGCCGUGCCGGGCUCUCCUCUUGGACACCACCACCAGCGCCGCCACGGAGUCCUUCAGGAUUCUAGAGGCGGCCGGUCUGAGGUUGUGGCCCGGCAUGAGGGUGGUGGUGGUGGGCGGUGACGUGGGUGGGCGUGGUGUUCUGCUCCACCACGCCCUUCGGAACAUCGGCCGCGCCCUCUACUUCUACUCUACUGACACGCACACCCAUCUACACGCUGAGAAUGGGACGGUGACAGGCAACACCACACAGGCCACCCCCUCCCCCAGCAACACUCAGACACCCCUUCAGGACAAGAGGGGACUGACGGUGUACAAACGCUGCCUGUAUUGCAACUCGACAGGGGCGGGAGUGCAGAAUCUCUACUCUGGGCUACUGCAGAAGGCGACGAGGGAGGAAGUGUCGCAGUGGGCGCGUGGUCUGUUGUCAAACGACCCACACAACCUGAGGGGCCACCUGGUACGUGUCGUGGGGCUACGGUACGACCCCUACACACGGUACAAGCUCUCCCCACUCGGCCCUCAGUACCCGGUCCAGCCCCUCACUUCCAUCGACUUCAGCAUCCUCAACUCUGUGUCACUCGGGCUCAACUUGACGUACGAGGCGCGGCCCCCGAAGGAACCCCAGUUUGGCCUUCCCCUGGGUAACGGCACUUGGUCUGGCACGGUGGGAGUCCUGCAGAGAGAAGAGGCAGAUUUUUCAAUGGUUCUGUCUCCCACGCCCGGCAGGAUGAAAGUGAUAGAGUACUCCAGGAUAUACUUGUCUGAAUCCUUGUGUAUCCUGUCACCCAAACCCCGAGCCCUCCCUCAGUACCUGCAGUUAAUUAAGCCUCUCUCAGCUACUACUACUACUACUACUACUGCGUCUCCGUCAGGCUGGGUUUGGACUAUUACUGCCGCCAUCAUCGCGUGUUGGGGCGUGGCUCUGUGGGCGUUCAGGGAGGUGUGGGCGCGUGGCGAGGGCGUGGUGAAGGAGCGUGGCAGAUUUUCCCACGCCCUUCUGUACAGCUGGGGCACAUUACUGGGGGAUGAACCCGCGCCUCCACCACGCCUCACCUCCGGCAGGGUUCUAUACGGCGGCUGGCUUGUAUUCGGACUGGUCUUGGGCACCGCUUACCGCUCCUCCCUCAUUGCCCAUCUGACGGUCAUUGCCAAGCUGCCGCCCAUCAACACCCUGGAAGACCUGCUGGCGAGGGAUGGGUGGUCCUGGGGCAUGAAGAACGACACAGGUACCAUGAUCCUUUACUUCACCACCGCCACGGACCCCACCAGGAAGGAAGUGAGGAGGAAAAUGACGAUCCACAAGUUGGAGGAAGGCAUGAGGCGUCUGAUGGCUGGCGGCUACUCAGUGAUCGAGGACAGAUUCGUGGCGCUGGUAACGGUGAACUCCAGGUACACCCACGAAUCUGGCUACACUCCGGUACACUUCAGCACCACUAACUACCCGACUUUUGCUGGCAUGGCUUGGGGCUUCAGGAAGGGCGCCCCGUUCCGUCGAGCAGUGAGUCUACUGAAGCAGCGAGUGACGGAGGUGGGGCUCAUUGACUACUGGACCAACGAGGCAGUCAGGGCUACGACGGAGGACAUGAUCAGCGAGGCGGGGGGGCGAGGCUCAGUGCAAGCGUCAUCUAAGGACGCAGAAGGGGGCGGGCCUGUAGUUCUCAGCCUGCAGCACCUUCAGGGCAUCUUCUACCUCCUGGUCCUGGGUCUCCUCACCGCCACAGCCACCUUCGCCCGUGAGCUCCUCCAGGCACGCCCGCACGCACGCCCACACCCACGCCUGUGUUAAUCAAUUGGACAAGUAAUAGGUAACGUCACACAUACACACACACACACGCUAAAAGAGAGAGAGAGAGAGAGAGAGAG